CAAAAACUUUAUUUUCUAGAAAGAUGUAUUAGACAUUGAUAAACAAUUUAAUUUUUUGUUGGAAUAAAACUUGCGCAAAUUGUCAGUCAGGUUUGGAUAGUACGGACGUUUACUGAAGUAACACAUAUGAAAAUGUGUAUACCUCACGUGUACGCCGUGAUCUUCUUUCUUACCUGUGUCGGCUGCAAUUCGAUUAAUGAUUUACAGAAUACCCAUUACGAAAAAUUGUCAAAGUUUCCCUUCCCGAAAACCUUUGCAGAAUGUACUGACUUUCUUGUUAAAACAAAUACUCCGAAGGAUAUAGUACAAGCCGUACAGAACCAUUGCUUGGAUGGAUUCGUUUCAAUCGACCAUACUCACAGCUGGACACAGAACUUGACAAGCGACGAACAAAACUAUAUCAAAUCCUUGUUCAGGAAAGUCAUAAGUGAUGCUGAUAACUUAGAUAAAACAAGACAUAAGAGGGACAUUGAAUUAUUUCCAAGGAGAUUCAGACAAGAAGUUAGAGCUGCACCUUACCAACACUGGGCUGAUUUUGCUAGAAAUGUUAGACGGCUUAAGUAUGAAACGAUUGACAAGAAUGGAAGAAGUAAAUACAAUGUCCUUGCAGAUAUUCACGGAAUCGCGGUAGCUAAUUCUCAUUUCGGACCAAACUUUUUGCCAUGGCACCGACUUUACUUGAUAUUAAUGGAAUCGGCACUUGGUUCACCUCUUACUUAUUGGGAUUCCACCAUUGAUCAUGAAAUGGAAGAUGGUACACAAUCAAUUCUAUGGACUGCAAAGUAUUUUGGUAAUGGAUUUGGAAUGGUCAAAACUGGUCCAUUUGCCAAUUUUGACACCCCUCUAGGAAAACUUUAUCGAAAUAUUGGUAGUGAUGGUUGCUUGUUUAGCAAAUCUCGAGUCAAUAUAAUUUUGUCACGAUCAAGAUUUCAACAAAUUUCUGAACCAUUUGCUGAUACCGGUGCUUCUCUCGAGGGACAACAUAACAGUAAACAUAUUUGGGUUGAUGGUGUGCUAAAUAAUUUAGGAGAAAGUCCACAUGACCCAGUCUUUUUCUGUCUUCAUACUUUUGUCGACUAUAUCUGGGAAUUGUUUAGAAAACAACAAAUAAUGCAAGGUAUUGAUCCCACUACAGAUUACGUUUUGGCACCAAAUGAUCCAGAAAUUAGUUUUCAAAAUACCACCGAUGUUUCUGUAGGGUUGAGAGGAUAUUACAAUAUUGAUGGCUAUACUAAACGAAUAGCAGACAUGGUUCAGUACCAGCCUCAUCCAGAAUGUCCAACAUGUACAGGUAGUCAAGAUUUAUAUUGUGACCAGAGUAAAGGACUAUGUAUCACCAGACGUAGGGAUCCAAACGAAUAUGCUGGACAACAAGUAGAGGCUGUGGAUAUGGCAAAUAGCAAUAAAAUGAACAAUAAUGGACCGAAUAAUGGACCAUUUCCGAUCUACGGGAGAGACAUUCGCGUUCGUAUGGAUUCAGUUACCGUAGAUUAUAGUAACAUAUCGAUAACUGCUAGCUUGGAAAGGUCACCAUCAAUGAACGCUGGUACCAAUGUCAUGGCAAACUCCCCAUUGAGUGUAGAUGAUGAACAAAAUAUUAACGAUAAUAUUAGACUUGUAAGACCACAGUUUCAUCGUUUUAGCUCGGCUAUUCAAAAUCCAGGUCCUAGAUUAGCCUUCCAAGAUACUGCUCCUACCAACAUAAAACCCGAAAGAAAACCGGUUCACUUAUAUCUUCAUCAACCAGUUAGAUUCAAUAGACACUUUGGAGGACUCAAAAAUCAGAACUAUUGAAUUUAUAGAAACAUGUUUUUUUCUGAAGGGUUUCAGUUGACAUGAAUAAAACACAAAGUCUUGUA